GUUGAACCCACAGUCGCUGGGGAAGUGCUGUACUUGUGUUGAGAGAUAAUCCCACGUCGAGGUCACACUAGGUGGGUCAGAGGUCUCCACAGACAACCCUGUCUGGCAUCAGUAUGGAGUUUCUCACGGUCGUCCUUAUCAUACUGAACAAUAGGCUCAGCCGACACGGAUACGGGGUAGACUAGGGAUUCAUUACAGGAAGAUCACAGCCACCAAAGCAGCAUCCGCACAGCGUUGUCGUGACGUCCACGGGUGAAUGGUCACAGACAUUCACUUAGUCGAUGAUCUAACUCAUAACGAUGCUAGAUCACACGACCACAUCACUCAUCACAAGAUGUAUCUCGCUGGCUCCACAACCCUGCCUUUCUUCGGUCAGACAUGGGAUCCAGACUCCGUACAGGCCCUGGUAGCAGUGUCACUGGUGUCUGCCGUUGUCACUGUGUUCUUCGAGGUCAUCAGUGGCUAUUUCUUCUACCAGGAACUGACAGUGUCCUUCAGCUCCACACAGCGACAGCGACGGAACCUCCAUGUGUGCCUCACGUGUCUCUAUGUUGUGCGAGUCGUUGUGAGCUAUCUCCUGAUGUUAGCUGUGAUGUCUUUCAAUGUAUGGAUAUUCGUAUGUGUGAUUCUCGGCUCCGCCAUUGGCUACUUUACUGUGCAGCCAGUGCUUCGAUACUACAACUUCCGGCGGAUGUUACAGAGAGGUCAUGUGACUGGGACGAAUGAUCGCAACAGGCAAAUGAUGGAAACAGACCCGCUUAGGCCACACCACGAGUCUGAUGAGACACCAAUGGUUACCAGACAAAAUGAAUGUGUAAAAUAGACAGUGUUGGAAACA